AUGGCUCUCCGUCGAGGAGCAGAAACUUCUCUCCGUCGCUUACAAGAACGUGAUUGGCUCCCUCCGCGCCGCCUGGCGUAUUGUGUCCUCGAUCGAGCAGAAAGAGGAAGGCAAGAGGAACGACGAGCUCGUUGUGCUCGUUAA